AUGACUUUACAAGAUUUUCCAAGAGGAGGAGAAAAACGUAAAACUUCAGAACAAUUAAUAUAUAAAAAUACUGAAAGUAAGAAGAAAAGAAAAACCAAGGAUAACAGAAAAUUUAAUAACGCACGUAGUCAAGAAUCUGACUUGGUCGCUUUUACAAGCUCUACAGCUGAACGUCUAUCUAAUGCGAUAUUAUGCGAAGGCUUAGUAAUCUUAGGGAGAAUUUGCGAAGUUAAAGACUAUGAAAUUAUUGUUUCAUUACCGGGUGGAUUAACUGGUCAAUUGAAAGCUUUGUUUAUUAACAAAUCGUAUAAUGAUAUGUUAAAUAGUCUAAUUAAGGAAGAAGAUAAUUCAUUAUCCCAAUAUAAACCUUUAACAGAAUUAUACAAUAUUGGAGAAUAUAUUGUAUGUUAUGUUAAAAGUACUCAUGCUGAAGGAAAAUGGAAUAUACAAUUAUCUCUAGAAUCACAUUUAAUAAAUCAAAAUAUUAAUAUUAAUUAUUUAGCUUCUGGUAUAAGAUUAACUUGUACUGUAAGUAGUAUAGAGGAUCAUGGUUAUAUCAUGGACAUGGGCAUUCCAAAUGUAAGAGCAUUUAUUUUUAAUAAGGAUGUAGAUGCAGAUAACAAAUAUUUUCCAGGUAAACAGCUUUUUUGUAGUAUCAAAGAAUUGCAAACAACGAACAAUGUAACGACUAUUAACUUGAUAGCUAAACAGAAAUUAGUUAGAAAAGUUAUCAAUUACGAGAUUGAAUCUCUAAAUAUUCUUACGCCUGGAACAAAAAUUCCGCUUUGUAUUAAAAAAAUUUUAUCAAAUGGAUUACAAGUGUCUUACGGUGAAGAAAAUAUAGGUUACAUAAAUAGAAUUUAUAUAGAUAAAAAUGAAUCUUCUUAUACAGAAGAUAUGAUGAUAAAUGGAACAUUAAUGUACAUUAUGCCAACAGUCAAAUUUGGAUAUUUCAGUUUAAUUAUAAACAAGAAGCCUGAAAUGGAAACGCAAGAUGAACAUUUAAAUAGAGGAGACAUUGUUGAAAAAGCCACUGUCUUAUUUAGAGAAUCUGGUGGCAUUGUCUUACAAUUAAAUUCGCAUCUACGCGGGUUUGUAUCCUUGCAUAGAACUGGUGUUAGCUUUGAAAAAGUAGCAACCAAAUUUACUCCUAAUUCUGUACAUAAAUGUAGAGUAUUGUUUUACAACUGGAUGGAACAAAUGUAUACGUGCACAAUGCAACCGGAUGAAUUGAAGGAAAAACAUUUUACGGAUUCUGAUAUUUCUAUAGGCGAUUUAUUACGCGUGCAAAUAAAAAAAAUUAAUACCGAAAAUAAUUAUAUAACCGUAAACAUAGGAAAAAUAAUUGGAACUGUCACUCCAGAACAUAUAUCUGAUUUUAAAUCAAAUGUUUGGAACACAUUGAAAGUUGGUCAAUGGAUUGAAGCCAGAGUUCUAAAUAUAAAUAAAGAAAAAAAUAAAAUAUUAUUUACAUUGAAGGAAUCAUUGGUAAAAAGUAAUUUGCCCAUUUUGUCUAAUAUUCAUGAUGCUAAAUGUGGUUCAAGGCAUCAUGGUACUAUUGUACAGAUUAAUAAAAAUGGUUUAUUAGUAAAAUUUUUUGGAGAUGUUAAAGGAUGGCUUCCGUGCGUAUAUUUAGAUAAAAGUACUGCUUCAGUAAACUGGAAUUACAAGAUAGGACAAACAAUAGCAGUAUAUAUUGAAAAUGUUAAUGAAAACGAAGGAAAAAUGAAAUUAAAUUUACUUAAUAAAAUUAUUAAUUUAAAGAGAAAUGAAUUAUUGAUUGGACAGAUAGUAGAAGGGAAUAUUAUAGAAGCUUCUUCCAAUGGAAUACGAUUGCAAGUUAAAGAUAAAGACGGAUAUUCUCAAGAAGGAUUUUUACCAGCAGGUCAUAUGGCACCAUGCAUUCAGAUAGGCAAACUUUUAGCAUCAAAAUAUACACCUGGUGAUGUUAUUUCUGCUUUAGUAUUUUCUACUGAACCAACCUUAUUAUUAAGUAGAACGUUCUUGUCAGACGAAGAACAUAGAGAAUUAAAACAACUCAAAAUCGGAGAUUCUAUACCAAGUUCGGUUAAAGAUAUUACACAAGAUGGUGUUAGAAUUGUUCUACCUAUUAAAAAUUAUAAUAAAUAUGGUUUUGUUUCAUACAGUAACAUUUCUAAUUUUGACAAGUUAUAUGUAAAUCAAAUAUUAUUUGCGAAGAUUACUGAUAUUAGAAAAAAGGAAAAACAAUUAAGUUUAACUAUGUCAUUGGAAAAACUAUGGACUGAAGAAAAUGAUGAAGGGCAAAAAAUUAUGGGACCGGUCGAUCUUCUUAAUCUUUACUUUAAUAAGAUUAAAGAAUUAGUAAGUAAUCCUUACUAUAAGACAAGACCUAUAUCAACUGCAAGUAUUGGACAAAUUGUUACUGGAGAAAUUGAUAAAAUUACGGAACAUGGUCUUACAUUAAAGUUACAAAACAAUCUGCAAGGUACAGUAUGUAAAGAGCAUUAUACUGGAAAUGUUAAAGUGGGAGAUAAAGUAUCGGGAAAAAUUUUAUGGAUCAAUUAUGUACAUGAAUUUGUUGAAGUAACAUUAUUACCUAAUAUUAUAAGAAAAAUUAACUCUCAUCAAAAUACUAAACCACCUACUAGAACUUUAUUGCGUGGAGAAAUUGUGAUGACUUCACAAUGGUUCGUUUUAGUAGCAUUGAAAGGUAAAGGAGGAGGUACAUUAGCUGCUUUACCUGCUCGUCUUCAUGUCAAUGACAUAUGGCCAAAUUUAAAACCAUAUGUUAUUUCAUCUCGUAUUAGAUGUUAUGUUAUUUUAAAUAAACAAGAAUCUGGUAUUAUGCCUAUCUGUAUGCUGAAAUCUGCAUUUGAAGUAUCAAAAAAAGCAGCUCUAUCUAAAGUAAUAAAAAAAUAAACUAUCAUUGUGUUUUUAUUUUAUAAGAACGUAAUUAUUAAUGAUAAUAAUUCAUAGUGUUAUUCUUAUAUUAUAACUUAAAAAUGUUAUAUUGUAAAUACAUUGUAUAAAUAAUUGUAAAAAUAAAUUUUUUCACAAGUAAAACAAAACCUUCGAACAUUUAAAAAUAAUUUAUGAUUACUUUGGCUAUCAUCUUUCGCUAUUAAUUAUACAAAUUGUCAAUAAAAUUUCGAAUUAAAUGAAACUCUCUAGUGGUAAUUUUAUAUA